AUGGUGCCGAACUCCAGCAGUAAACGAAAGAACUCAGGCAUGGCAACGAGCCAUUCCAAUACAAUGUCUAAUGGUGCUUCAGGGACAAUUUCGUCUCCGGUGUCACCGGAAGAGGAGGAUGUGGCAGAAGAGCUUCACCAUAGUAACCAAAAUGUUCAGCCGCAAGUAUCACAUAGCCAUGGAAGUCAUUUUGCACACAUCCAAGCCAUGCAAACACCAGCACAUAAUGUAAGCAACCCCUCUCCUAAUAAUAUGGUUGAGCCAAUAUUUAGCCAUUAUGGAACACCAUUGGCAAAUGGCCAAAACAUAAGUACUUCCAUGGCAGUAUCAGCCCCUACACCUUUGAAUUCUUCGUAUUCAAAAUCAGCAUCCUCAGACUUGGAAAAGAAAAUUGUGCAAAGUUUAUCACUUUCCAAGAAGUUAAACUUUGUAUUAUCAAAUUUUGAAAAGAUAUCAUACCUCCAAUCGAAGGACAUAUCCAAAAUUCAACUCAUAGCAUCAAAUUUCAAUUCUUUAUUACCCUCAGAUAUGAAUUUAUCUAAGCCAUUAGAUAACUACUAUUUAUCUUGGAAUAUCUUCAAUAAGUUUAAGUUACCAAUUAUUGAUACCCUCAGCUCGGAGAUUGAUGAAUUUAUAGAAUCAUUUUCUAACCUGUCAUCCAUUUCCUUGAUCACAAAAUUUUACACCAAAUUCAAUGAGUAUACCAACGAGCUUCAUUUCAGUGCUUUAGACAACCAAAAGAUCUUAAACAUAGAAUGUAAGAUCUGUUUGUUAUAUGCCAUCUUGUCCAUCGGAGCUGCUAUUUAUAACGAUGGUCAAGACUGUGUGCAAUUAUUUAUGAAAUCCUGGAAUUUAUUGUUGACCAAUUUAAUUCCAAGAUUAAACGACAACACUAAAAGCGUUGAUUCUUUAACGGACGCAGAAAACCCCACUUCAUCUAUCCCAUUAUCUUCUGAUAUUAUCAAAGACCAAAUCCAAAUAUUGAAGAACCUCUUCACCUUAGCGUACGUCUGCUUUAACUUAGAUCUGAACUUGAAGGAAAUUAGUGCUAACACUUUAAAUGGGGAUUUGAUUUUCAAUUAUCUUGACGACAUUAGUUAUAUCAUCAUGUCUCAUUUAGAAGAAAAUAACAAUGUGAACAACUAUAACUUGAACAAAGAGAAAAGUUCGAGAUCGUCGUCAUCUUCAUCUUUAAAUUCCGCUGCUAGAGUUCACAUGGAACAACUGCCAGCCCCACUUUCCGCAACUGUCUCUGAGGGAGACAUAUCAGAAGCAGCACUGUCAUUUUCUACUUCAGCAGAUGGUAAAAUUAUUGAUGAAAACUUGAACUUAUUUUGGUCCAUCUACAUAUUGUUAUCCAACUAUUUUAUGAUAAACAAUCAUGCUCCUCCUAAGAUCUAUAGGUACUUGUUAAAUAAAAAGUUAACUGGUAAUGAGACUUUGAUGAAUAUUAUGGAAAAUUUGACCAAAUCGACUGUUGCAAAUGAUUCAAAUUUUAACAAUGAAAUUAUCCUGUUGACCUUAUCAAAUGAGCUACAAAGCUAUAUUCAUUACAAUGAGAUGUUCCUUUACAAGCUGAAAAGCAUCUUACACAACUCCAUAAUUUUCACCAAUAGAUCGUUGAACGAUUUAGCAAUUGGAAGUAAUAAUAGUAAUAAUUCGAGUGGGGAUGACCACUACGUAUUUGAAAUGUUUAAAAAGAAAAUGAUUGUUAAUAGCCCAACCAAAUACCAAGGGUUGCUUAAUAGUUAUAUCUUUUAUCCUUCACAAAACUUCAAUUGGAAUUUACUCUACAUUUCAUUAAAGGAAUUCAAUUUAGAAAAUUACAUGACCUGUAAUGAUGUUACCAAUAAUGGACGUGGAACAAUUUACUCCAAAUUUAAGUUCAAUGACUUUUUCCAAAAGUUUUUCCAUGAUUUCGACAUUAAACUUGAUGUUGAAAUCGAUAUUGAGAAUAAUGAUCAAUUUAAGAAGGAUCAAUACUUACAAUUCAUCAAAAACUUACUACCAUUUUUUACCAAAACGUUUAAUACCGAAGGUAAUAAAGAUGACUGUAGUGAUUUUGACGGAUCUGAAGGUGGUUUUGAGAUGAAGAAAUCUUUCGUCGAAGUUUUGAACAGAAAUAGUAUCAUUAAUAAUAAUUUAGGUAUCUCAUCAUUACCCAUUUUGUUUAACUAUCAGUUCAUUAAAUUGAACCCGGAAUUAAUGAAGUGGAGUAAUCUGUCAAAGUUAAACAACUUCGAGAAAAAAAGAUUUAACUACUUAUUGAUUGAGUGGUACUUGACCAUAAUUAAACUCAUUAUUGGAUUGAAGAAUGAUUCGAACGUCUACGUUAAGAGGAAAGGACACCAGCACUAUAGAAGUUCACUGCAAGACAGCGUUGAAUCAAUGACCUCGAACGCGAGCAGUAGUUCUGGUAGUUCGAGAAAUAACAGUGACAAUGAGUAUUCACUAUCAAACAAUUAUAUCUUCCAAUGCCUCAUUUACAUCAUUAAAGAAGUGGGUGGUAAAUUCAAACUCCCCAACGGAAAUUAUUAUCAGUUGAGAGAUUUUGAAGAUUGUCUCAACUUUGAAAAUGAUGAGUUUAAGAUGAACGACGAUAUAAUUUAUUGUAUAUUGAAAAAUCUUGAUAUUAUUUUAGAAGAUUGGAUUAGUAUGGUGAACAUAAACAGCCAGGACAUUUUUCAAUCAAAUGGGUUUAGGAACAUGAAGAAGUUUGUCAAUGAAUACAUAUAUUCCCAAUUAUAUCUUGCCAAGGGAAUGAAUGAAAAUACAAACUAUUACAAAAUCCCUCACAGAAAUCUGGUUAAUGCCGAUGGUAUUACUAUGAAUCUGGAUAAUUAUGUUCUUGACGGACAAGAUCCAAAGGGACCACGGCAAUUAGAAUCGGUAAAAUUGGCUUCGAAUUCACAGACUUCUACUAUGACAAUGAAAUCUCAAAUCCAACCAUCGUACCUUUAUCAACAGAACGUAUACCAACCCAUUACGGCUCCUUCUCAAGUUCAUUUGGUGCAGCCUCACCAUAUGGUUCAACACAUUCCAUAUUCACACCUGCUGCCACCCCAGCAACAUCAUGGCCAACCUCAAAUAUCAAGAUUACACCUGCAACAACAACUGCAACAGCAUCUGCAACAACCACAGCUGCAACAGUUCCAUCAAUUUUCUCAGCAAAAUAUUGGACAACAAACUCAGACACAAAAUUUGCAGCAAUUGCCAAGUCUGUUGCACGAUCGGCGCUCAUUCAAAGAAGUCAUCCUUCCACCAAUUCUUCCUCCUCUAUCGAAUCAGUAUUCAUACAAAGAACAACUCCAUCACCAGCUGAGAUUUCAGUUUCCGAAGAGACAAGAAGCAGUUAACAAACAAUAG